CGACUUUGUAGUGGGAGAGAGACACCAAAUCCCUGUGCUCGUAUGUUCAUCAUCAUUUGAAAGGCCACCUGAUUGUUUUGCUUUCAAAAUCAAACAACAGCCUUUUCUUUGCCCCAUCACGCCCCCAUUUUGAGCCUGGGUUGGGAAAGGUCACUCAACCUACUCUUGAUGACAGGUGUAAGGUCUGGCAAGAUUAUAUAUACUGUUACAGGCAACUCAGCUCACAAUGAUCCCAAACGCAGUUAACAAUGCCCUCAACUCUCACCGCAGUUCGGACUCGUUCCUAUAGGAGUACAUGUACAGUACUAGUGUAUGUACAUACAUACAUCUUCCCGUCAGCAGGAGCAUGUGUGCCGUCCUCUCCGUCUUCUCCGAAUGAAAAGACAUCACCCGAAGAUGGACAGCGGUCCCGCCCAGCUCGCUCUGUGUCUGCCCGCCCGGCGUGACGGGGGGCAGGGUGACUUUCUUGCCCUUGCGGGCGGGAGUACCGGCGGUACCGGGGUUGCCGUUGCCAGCGUCGUCCGAGCCGAAGGUGUUUCCCUAGGUACCAGGAGUGAGGCGUGGUACGCAGCAAGCGGCUUUGCAGUACAGCUCUACCACCCCAAAGACACGCGGCCUGGCCCGGUGUUAUCCAGAGUCCACUGCCCUUUCACCAAAUUCUUUGAUGAGGCCGCGCAUCCAGUCUCCACCCAGGCGUACUUGCGUCUGCCAACAGAGAGGCAUACCUGUGCUGGCUCACGAGCGAAUAGUCAGCAUAAUGUCGUUAAGGACCAAGGCCACCGCCGACAAGGAGUGUAGGUGCUUGCGCGUGUCAAAGAACCAAACCCGCCGGCCGCCCUCGUCGAGAGGAGGCUUGUCCGGACCUGUGACUCGACAGUCGGGGCUGUGUAGACU